UGGAGCAAUAGACAAAUCCUUGGUCACUCUCUCUUUCCAUCGUUAAUCCGUGCCGGACCUCACUCUCUUCUACCUCUAAUCUAGACUAAACCUUCUCCUGAUCUUCGCAAGUAGUAGCACUAUUAAUUCCUCCCAUGUUACGCCGGCCCUUGUAAAAUUCGGGUUCCCCUGCCACGCCUGUCUGUCGCCGCUUCCAUUCUUUUUCCGUCUCGGACCUCGCGCCGCCCCGCGUGCGCCCGCGAUGCUCUCCUCCAGGCCGAGAUCCGGCUCCUUCGAGGCCGGCCUCAGAGCGGGCGCUUCGUCGGCUUCCUCUUCCAGCUUCCGGGAAUCCAAGCCCUCGCCUCGGUUCCAACGCAGCCGCUCCACCGCCGGCGCCUCCAAGGCAUCGCCAUCACCAGAGAAGCGUCGAGGCGUCACUGGCGGUAAGGCGCGGGUGGCGCAGCUCGAGGAAGACCUGCGGAGGGAACGGGAGGCCAAGGCGCGGGCGGUGCAGGAGCUCGACGAGCUUCGGAAUGGCAACGAAAGUAAAGACGCGGAGAAGGUGCAGCUCCUGGAGCGGGAGGUGGAGAAGGCCAAGGAGUCGGAGCGCAAGAUGCUCGAGUCGCUGAUAUACCAGACCAAGCAGCUGGAGCAGGCCAAGAUCGGCCUCGAGGAGGCCAAGCUAGAGAUAUCCACGCUGCAGCAGGGCAGCACCCGGAGCCUUGAGCCCGCCCCGGCGUCGGCGUCGGGGACAUGGCGCGGCGUCAUGGAGCAGAUGAGCGUCAAGGACCUCGUCUUCGGCGGCGGCGGCGGGGCGGACGACGAGGAGCUCCGGGCCCUGCGCGCGGACCUGCGGGCGGCGACGCAGGGCGAGGAGCGCAGCCGGAAGGCGCUGGAGGACCUCUCCGUCGCGCUCGCCGUCGUCACCGCCGAGGCCAAGCAGGUCAAGCGCUGGCUGGCCGACGCGCAGGCCGGCCUGGAGGCCGCCAACGCCGAGGCCGCGCGCCUGCGCGCGGCUCUGGCCGACGCCGAGACGGCGCUCCGCGAGCAGCGCCGGCGCAGGCUCGAGGCCGAGGAGGCCGCGGCCAGCUGGGCCGACAAGGAGCGCGUGCUGCUCGGCUGCGUGCGCGCCGCCGAGGAGGAGGUGUGCCUGGCGCGGCAGGAGAACACAAAGCUGGUGGAGUCGCAGCGCGUCAUCCGCGACGAGAACGCGCGGCUGCGGGACAUACUGAAGCAGGCCGUCGGCGAGGCCAACGUCGUCAAGGAGUCGCUGGAGCUCGCCAGGGUCGAGAACGCGCGGCUCAACGACGUCGUCGACGACAAGGACGCCGCGCUGCAGGGCCUCCGGCAGGAGUACGAGUGCGUCAAGGUCAGCGAGGCCGCCGCCCAGAGCAGCCUCAAGGAGCUCAACAGCCUGCUCGCCGCCACCACCACGGCCUGCAGCACCCCCGUGUCGUCCAGGACCGCGCCCGUCGCGCCGGCGCCGGAGCACGACCAUCACCUGCCGCCGAGCGCUCGUCUCGUCGCCAGCGCCAAGGGGUCUCCGGCGUCGCGGCGUUGGAUGGCGGAGAAGCCCCGGACGCCGAGCAGCCGGAGCUACUCGAUCGGCGAGCCCGCCAAGUUCAAGGGGGUGGGCUACUCGCAGUCCGCUAGGAUGGGGAACCUCAACCCCAAGGACCGCAUGUUCGCGUCGCUCAGCAACAUUGCCGAUCUCAAGUCUGCCGCGGACUGUGCCGCCAUGGACGACUACGACGACGAGUUCGACCACAUCGACGAGAGCCACUAUGUGGAGCACUCCAUGAACGACAAGAAGAAGCGGCCGAUACUUCGAAAGUUUGGGGACCUCUUCAGGAGGAAAAGCUUCUACAAAGCCAAUUUAGCGCCAGUACACACUUGAAAUUUUUCUUCCCCAUCUCAUUGUAAUGCAUGUAGUUUUGAUCUGUUCAUCCAAAUACACGACAUAUGAAAUAUAUUCUUUGCAUCUAAAA